AUGUCGGGCCUUCAAACUUUGUUUGCACCGGCUCCCGAGCCCAAAACCGAACUCGGUCGCUAUCGUAUUCUCUCAUCCACGGCCGGUGUCAGGGUCUCCCCGCUAUGCCUGGGCGCCAUGUCCAUCGGCUCCGCGUGGUCGUCCUUCAUGGGUUCCAUGGAGAAAGAAGACUCAUUCAAGCUGUUGGAUGCGUUCGCUGAUGCCGGUGGAAACUUCAUCGAUACCGCCAACAACUACCAGAAUGAAGAGUCUGAAAAGAUCCUUGGCGAAUGGAUGACAGCCCGCAACAACCGCGACAUCAUGUUCAUCGCUACCAAGUUCACUACCCAAUAUCGCAAGCAAGACGUCGGACAGGGCAAAUGCGUCAACUAUUCAGGCAAUCACAAGAAGUCGUUGCAUCUCUCGAUUCGCGACUCUCUGAAGAAGCUGCAGACCGAUUACAUUGACCUGCUUUACGUCCAUUGGUGGGACUGGACAACGUCCAUCGAGGAGCUGAUGGAUUCCCUCCACAUUCUUGUUGAGCAGGGUAAGGUCUUGUAUUUGGGUGUUUCCGAUACGCCCGCUUGGGUUGUUUCUGCUGCGAACACCUAUGCAAAGGCGCACGGGAAAACUCCCUUCUCUGUUUAUCAGGGUCGCUGGAACGUUCUGAUUCGCGAUCUCGAACGCGACAUCAUCCCUAUGGCUCGUCAGUUCGGCAUGGCAAUCUGCCCAUGGGACGUCCUGGGAGGUGGCAAGCUGCAAACGAAGAAGCAAAUUGAGGAACGUCAAAAGGCAGGCGAGGGCUUGCGCGCCAUGUUCGGAAAUGAACAAUCCGAGGAUCAGCGCAAGGCAAGCGAAGUUCUUGAGGAAGUGGCCAAGGAGCAAGGAACUGAAAGUAUCCAGCAAAUUGCCCUGGCUUAUGUUAUGCAGAAGGCUCGUUACGUCUUCCCAAUUGUUGGCGGUCGCAAAGUCGAGCACUUGGAAGACAACAUUAAAGCCCUCAGCAUUCGCUUGACGGAGGAGCAGAUCAAGAAGAUUGAAAGUUUUAAGGAAUUCGAUAUUGGUUUCCCUAUGAACUUCAUCUUGGAAGAUCCUCGGGAGGGUGGGCCAACAGCUCCUUUGGUUGCUGCAUCUGCCCCGAUAGCCUGGCAGCGUUACGGCAAGGCAAUUGGCCAUGAGUAA